AUGAGGGCCAGUCGCGGCCAAUGCGCACCUGAGGAGGCCCUGGCGUGUUUCAGGCGGGCGGGAGCCUACUAUUGCCGCUCCCUAAACUUUCCAUGGCUCCGCCCCUCCCGCGCCCUGCUCCAGCCUAACAUCCGCGCUUAUAUCCGCCCGGGAUUGUCAGGGCCAGGACAUUUCCACAAACGCACCUCUCUGGAGCACCAUUCAAAUAAGCCAUGUGUCCGCCUUCGUCUGUGGUCUUACUCCUCACACUACUUCUAUGGGGGCAGUCAUCCUACGGCUCUUCACCAAGAAGGCCAUGAGACCCACUUCCUGGUAUCGGAGGGUCGAGAGAUCCCGCCUUCUCCUUACUACCAUUUACAGCGCUACCCUGGGAUUUUCAACAGCACCUCUGCAGACUCUUUCCUUCAGUCAAAGGUCAACAACAUUUUCUCAGGCCGCUUGACUUUCUUGGAGCUGUUUGACAUAUUGGAUCACUACUCUCAGAACUGUGACGCUGUGGUGGGCAGUGUUGAGGUCAUGAGCCGUCUCAAAGAAGCCCAAUUCGACUUGCUGCUGGUGGACCCCAAUGAAAUGUGUGGUUUUGUGAUCGCCCACAUCCUGGGGGUGCAGUAUGCAGUGUUUGGGACAGGCCUGUGGUACCCGGCUGAGGCAGGUGCCCCGGCUCCUCUCUCAUAUGUCCCAGAAUUCAACUCUCUCUUGACCGACCGCAUGACACUCCUGGAGCGCAUCACCAACACAGCCGUGUACCUGGUGCAGCGGAUCGGGGUCCAGUACAUCGCUCUUCCCAAGUAUGACCGCAUCAUGAAGAAGUAUGGCGUCCAGCCUCAGGUGGCCAUGAGUGAUCUGGUGCAGGGCAGCCAGCUGUGGAUGCUGUGCACUGACCUGGCUCUGGAGUUCCCCCGGCCCACCCUGCCGCAUGUGGUCUACAUUGGGGGCAUCCUUACCAAGCCCCCCAGCCCCCUGCCCGAGGAUUUUGAGAGCUGGGUGAAUGAUACCGCGGAACACGGCUUUGUGGUGGUGUCCUUUGGAGCCGGGGUGAAGUACCUUUCCCAUGACAUUGCACACAAACUGGCUGGAGCACUGGCCCGUCUGCCACAGCGCGUAGUGUGGAGAUUCUCAGGAGUUGCGCCUCGUAACCUUGGUAACAACACCAAACUGGUUGACUGGAUGCCUCAGAAUGAUCUCUUGGGCCAUGCCAACACCAGGGCUUUCCUCAGCCAUGGGGGUCUCAACAGCAUCUACGAGGCCAUGUACCAUGGGGUCCCUGUGGUGGGUGUUCCUCUGUUUGGAGACCACUACGACACUAUGACGCGUGUAGCUGCCAAAGGCAUGGGCAUCAUGCUGCACUGGAAGUCUAUGAGCGAAGACGACCUUUACACAGCACUCACAAGCGUCAUCAAAGACACCAAGUACCGUGAGCAGGCACAUCUCCUCUCCACCAUUCACAAGGACCAACCGGGCCACCCGGUCACUCGGGCUGUGUACUGGAUCUGCUACAUCCUCAGGCACAACGGAGCCAAGCACCUCCGUGCUGCUGUCUACGAUGUGGCCGUUUACCAGUACUUCCUCAUCGAUAGGAAGCAUGUUCAGUGGGCCAGUCUUCUAUCCUCCAAAGAGUUUAUGUAUAAUGGGAAUCCUUAG